GUCCGAGCUGUCCCUGAAGGCAGCAGUGCUCAGUGGGUGUGGUCAGACUGCUCCCCAGGUAGAUUUCCACAGAGCACAGGUGUGGUGAACUAGUUUCCUGUUCAGACAGACAUCCAGACGAACCUGCCAUCAUCAUCAUCAUCAUCAUCAUCAUGGCGUCUCUAUGGGAUGACCUCGAGGACCUGGUCCAUAAACCCUCAUCCUUCACCGUGAAGGGCGGAGAGAGAGGAACCAUCAAACCUAAACACAACUUUGAUGCUAAAGACGACGCUAACGCUCUGAAGGACGCCAUCGAAGGACUGGGGACCAAAGAGAAGACCCUGAUUGAAGUCCUGACCCAGAGGAGCAGCGCUCAGAGGAAGCUCAUCUGUGAGGCGUACCAGGAGGAGACAGGCAGAGCGUUGCUGGACGACCUGAAAGGAGACACUGGCGGGGACUUCGAGGACCUGCUGGUGGCUCUGGUGACUCCUCCUGCAGCGUACGACUGUCAUGAAGUGAUGAGAGCCAUGAAGGGGGCGGGGACAGCAGACUGCGUCCUGAUCGAGAUCUUUGCCUCAAGAUCAACUGCACAGAUCCGAGCUCUGAACGAGGUCUACCUGACAGAGACCGAGAAGAAGGUGACCCUCGACAUGAAGUCAGAAGUUUCUGGAGACUUCGCUGAUGCUCUGCUCAUCCUGGCCGAGGGUAAAAGAGACGAGAGCACCUCGGUGGACGCAGCGAAGGCUAAAGAGGACGCUCAGGCUCUGUACGAGGCUGGGGAGAAGAAGUGGGGCACUGAUGAGUCCAAAUUCAUCGACAUCCUCUGUCACCGAGGGAUACCUCAGCUCAGACAGACUCUGAUGGAGUUUAAGGAGAUCAGUGGGAAGACUCUGCAGGAGAGCAUCGAGGGAGAGAUGUCCGGAGAGCUGCAGGAGCUGCUGGUGGCGAUCGUGAAAUGUGUGAAGAGUGUCCCGGCCUACCUUGCAGAGCUUCUGUAUCAGAGCAUGAAGGGUGGAGGAACAGAUGAGAAGACUCUGACUCGGAUCAUGGUCAGUCGCUCCGAGGUCGACCUGCUCGAUAUCCGUACCGAGUUUAAGAAGAUCGCAGAGUGUUCCCUGCUAUCGUACAUCGAGUCCGAUCUGUCGGGGGUUCACGGAGACGCUCUGAAGGUGAUCUGUGGAGGAGACGACUAACACCUGAGCUCCACCUGAGGCCACAAAUCGGACUGUGGAGGAGAUUAUGGAAAGACUCUGGAGAGGAUCUGUGGAGGAGACGACGAGGACUAACGUCAGCCUGUUCCUGUUUCAUUAGAUCCCUAUAGUUCCUCAGACUCACCUGGACUCUUUAUUCCAGGACAGGUUAUAAUACUCAGGUGUGCUCCAGGCUCUGGGACGUCCACCUGAAGGUCACCACUCAUCUUCAGCAUGAAUCAAUAUGAUAAAUAAUAAAUAUAUUAUAAACA